GGGGCAGGGGCGGAGGUGGGGGCCAGUAUUUCUUGGGCUAGUGAGGAACUGCCUGAGCCUUUGCAGUCUAGGCAGAGGAGAGGGAAGCCUUUGGGGUGGGCAGGUCGCCUAGCCUGGGGAUGCCUGGGCAGAUGUGGAGGCAGCUGGAAAGGUGGCACCGCACUUGGGUCGCUGGAGCUGCGCUGUUCCUAGGAGACGGAGGAGCAGCAAGCCUGCGGGGGAGGGGGAGCAAGUGGGUUGCUGCUUUUAGCAGCUGAAAGGGCUGCAGGGAGCUCUGGGUAAGACAUUUUCUGCGGCUGCUGCUUCUGCGGUACAAGCUGCCGCUAGUAAGUCAGAGGAAGGAGGAUCGAGAGGGAGGAGGCUUCAUUUGCAGCCAUGCUGAAUCACUGUUGCUGAUCAGAGCUCCUGCUGGUUGGCUGCGAGAACUGAGAACAGAACUAGGCUCUCUGGGUGCGUGUACAGUUCAGCAGCUGCCAUCCCCGCUGGGCCUCGCACAAUGGAGGGUGAAAGCAUCAAGCUGAGCUCCCAGCCACCGAUACAGGCUGGGGAUGAUGAGAAGAACCAGAGGACUGUCACUGUCAACCCUGCCCACAUGGGGAAGGCAUUCAAGGUUAUGAAUGAACUGAGGAGUAAGCAUCUGUUGUGUGACGUGAUGAUUGUGGCAGAAGAUGUCGAGAUAGAAGCCCACCGUGUGGUCCUGGCAGCCUGCAGCCCCUACUUCUGUGCAAUGUUCACAGGUGACAUGUCUGAGAGUAAAGCCAAGAAGAUUGAAAUCAAGGAUGUGGAUGGGAGGACACUGAGUAAACUGAUCGACUACAUCUAUACGGCUGAAAUUGAGGUGACCGAAGAGAACGUCCAGGUGCUGCUGCCAGCAGCCAGCUUGCUGCAGCUCAUGGAUGUUCGGCAGAACUGCUGUGACUUCCUUCAGUCUCAGUUGCAUCCCACCAAUUGCCUGGGCAUUCGCGCAUUUGCAGAUGUGCACACCUGCACUGACCUUCUGCAGCAGGCCAACGCUUACGCAGAGCAGCACUUUCCAGAGGUGAUGCUGGGGGAAGAAUUUCUUAGCCUAAGUCUGGACCAGGUGUGCAGCUUGAUAUCCAGUGACAAGCUGACUGUUUCCUCAGAAGAGAAGGUAUUUGAAGCUGUGAUCUCGUGGAUCAAUUAUGAGAAAGAAACCCGUCUAGAGCAUAUGGCAAAGCUGAUGGAACAUGUCCGUCUCCCUCUUCUACCCAGGGAUUACCUUGUCCAGACAGUUGAAGAAGAAGCUUUGAUAAAGAAUAACAAUACCUGUAAGGACUUCCUCAUCGAAGCCAUGAAGUAUCAUCUGCUCCCUCUGGAUCAGAGGCUCUUGAUUAAGAACCCAAGGACCAAGCCCAGGACUCCCGUCAGUCUACCCAAGGUCAUGAUUGUGGUCGGUGGACAGGCGCCCAAGGCGAUCCGCAGCGUGGAGUGCUACGACUUCGAGGAGGACCGAUGGGACCAGAUUGCUGAGCUUCCCUCCAGAAGAUGCAGAGCCGGUGUGGUGUUCAUGGCUGGCCACGUGUAUGCCGUGGGCGGGUUUAACGGCUCACUGCGCGUGCGGACAGUGGAUGUGUAUGACGGUGUGAAGGACCAGUGGACGUCCAUUGCCAGCAUGCAGGAACGCCGGAGCACUCUGGGUGCGGCUGUGCUCAAUGACCUGCUCUACGCCGUGGGGGGCUUUGAUGGCAGUACUGGCCUAGCGUCGGUGGAAGCCUACAGCUACAAGACCAAUGAGUGGUUCUUCGUGGCCCCAAUGAACACACGGCGGAGCAGUGUGGGUGUGGGCGUCGUGGAGGGAAAGCUGUAUGCUGUUGGGGGUUAUGAUGGGGCCUCCCGCCAGUGCCUGAGCACCGUGGAGCAGUACAACCCCGCGACCAAUGAGUGGACGUACGUGGCGGACAUGAGCACCCGCCGCAGUGGCGCAGGAGUUGGGGUUCUCAGCGGUCAGCUGUACGCCACAGGUGGGCAUGAUGGGCCCUUGGUGAGGAAGAGUGUUGAAGUUUAUGAUCCUGGAACAAACACCUGGAAGCAGGUGGCAGACAUGAACAUGUGCCGGCGCAAUGCAGGGGUCUGCGCGGUGAAUGGGCUCCUGUAUGUGGUCGGCGGGGACGACGGGUCCUGCAACUUGGCCUCGGUGGAGUACUACAAUCCCGUCACGGACAAAUGGACGCUGCUGCCCGCCAACAUGAGCACAGGGAGGAGCUACGCAGGUGUUGCUGUGAUUCACAAGCCCUUGUGACCCCAACUCCCACUGCCGGGAGGUGGGGGAUGGGAGAAGCGCUGCCUGGGACUCAGAACGGAGGGAUGGAGAUUCACUGGGAGAGGGUGCAGCCAAGUGGGAACCACCCUCCUCUGACUUGGCGGACUGGAGUCCACAGUGAAGACUGAGGACCCACCUCCUGCACCCCUGAGGGGUGAUGGCCUCUGUCCUGAGCAGUGGGUUUCUGAUAGCAUCAGGUGGCAUCUUUGGGCUGUUUUGGGGUUUCUACAGGGACAGUGUGAGAGAGAGAGCAUGAGCGAGCAUGCGCAAGUGUGUGUGUGUGUGUGUGUGUGUGUGUGUGUGUGUGUGUGAGUGUGCGUAUACGUGUGUUUAGAACAUGGUAUCUCACUAAGUUGGGGGCAGGCUGUGACAGUCUACUGGUUUUCUGUACUACUGAUCCUUCCGCUGUGCUAAAAUCAAAUCACAGAAACCUCUCCUCCGGACGUGCCCCAAGGGCACCCUGAGACUACUACGGCUGCUGUCUGCUGGGAAGGCCAGCUGGACAGGCACGUGCAGGAGUGACUGGCAGGAGAAGCAGCGCUCUGACCACGCCCACAUGCUGGCCUUGACUCCUGGCACUGUCUGCAGAAAAGCUGGGUGUUCUCAGAGCUGCACUGAGUCCUCUGUGUGCUGCAAUAAGGACACAGUUCUGGUUCCAGAACUGUGGAACCUCAGAGCUGGAGCCAGGAGUGAGUGGGUGCCCUGGCCCCUCAGCCGGGCGCUCUUCCUUGGACUCUCCUACAGGAAGCACCGAGAACUGCUCAGUCUUCGGACCACUGGUCCUUGAUGUUGUGCAUUCCAGGCUUGGGAGAUUUUGCGUCUCUUCAGCUGGGAAAACUAGCUUUCAGAGAAGCCUGAGUAUGACACUAGGGAAAACUAUAUGUGAAAGACAAAAACAAAAAAAAACCCACCUCAAAGUGGAAAAGCUUUAGUCCCUGCCCAGAAUGGUUUCGGAGAGAAUCCUACUUCUGGAUUUUUUCAGCAUAUAAAAGUCCCCAUUAUACAUAUUACCCAGGAGUAAUUAUUCACAACAUUCUAUUUACCCUUGAAAGUGAUCUGACUUGGAGAUAAGUAAAGGUCGCCCUACCUUCAAAUCCAAAGAUAGGUUUGUCCCUGCAUCGGACAGGGUCAUGCGUGGCUCAGAUGGACAUGGAUGCCUUCAAAGGAGCUCGCUGGCUGGGGCCGGUCCUCUGCACUGUGUGACGAUGGUCAUGUCUGUCUGAUGGCCUGUCUUCCUCUCCUGUGCUCUCCCCGGCCCCAGGGCCUGUGUCCUCUCUCCAACCCUCUGAACGCUCCCCUCCGCCUUGGCCCCCCUGUGGGGGGGGAGAUGGUGGUGGCCCUGGAUGUGUGGUAUCUCUCAGGGGUACUUGCCUUUUAAUGAACUAUAGAAAUGGUCCCUGAAAGCAUAGUCUUAGGGGGUACUUGUAUUUUAAGAGAGGAGCUAAUGAGAACUUUGCUAAUUUACAGGUAAAAAUUAUUAAUGACAGAAUCUGGAGGGAGGUGGGUAUUUGAAGGUGCAUAGUCAUUCACAUUAGAAAAAAGAAGAACCUUAAAGCCAUGCUGUCCUUGAACUAGCAAGUUAUUUAUAUUGGAAUUUCUGGCAUAAGGGGUGGGGGUCUUGUCUCUGGAAAAUAGUCUUAGACCUUGGAGGCUGAGGUUUAGACAUCCUUGAUGUCACAGUCCACUUAAAGGGAGCCCAGGGGCUUUGUGGACCCUGAUAUCGGGCUUCUGAGACAUCUGGUCUCCUCCCAAGCAGAUACUGUAGGGACUGGCCUUCCCCCACUCACCCUCACAGUUACAAACCAGGAUCUCCCCAAGCUAGUCGGCCACUUUGUGUAUUUACAGCACACUCAUUGUGCACUAAACACUGAACUGUCUCGAAGAUGGAACUUUGGAUGUUGAGCAGAUGUUAUUUCAGUGAGACAGUUGGAGAGGACCAAGGCACCCAGAAUUUUUAGUAGCCUUGGGAAGAGGCUACAACCUCCAGGUUUGGUGGACCUGGGAGGAAUCUCCGAAGCAGUCAAGGCCUGCUUUCAGGUUGGCGGCCCGCUCUCACCUGGCACUGGGGAGGACUGGUUUCAGAGCUCUGCCUGGCUCUGGGUUGGAAGCUGACGGAAUGAGCUUUUUGUUCCAAAAGUUCUUCCUCCCUCUUCGAGGAAGGUUUGGGACUUAAUUUUGGAGGGUAUGUGUGUGUGCUGAGGAUGAGGAUGAGGUUAGGGUCUGAUAUGUGCUAUUCCCACAGCUCUGAUGUCAGAUGAAAGGUGAGAACUCCCCUCCCCCACCACAUAGGAGCUGGACUUUCACUGUCCUGUGGGAGAGCCUGUUGUUUGUGUAUCAUCUUCCCAGAAGGGUCCCUUCCCUGGAAGCUAGCCAGCCAUGUUCCCUGCUUCUGGAUUUUUGCUAUUGGUUCCACCUCACGUUUCCCUUCCGAGGAAGCACAGCCCCUCCUGGUAGUGCUGCUGAGGCCACAUUCACUUCAUCCUCCUGUGUCCUUUCUCAUGGGGACUCUAGAACACUGUGAUGUCAUCACCAAAAAGCCAGCUGCUCUAACUGCCCUCCGAUGCCAUCAAAAACUGGAUGUCUCUAUCACCAGGUACUAGUCUCUCUCCACGUUGGGCACAACAGGCCUAUUGUCGAGUCCAUGCUGGUCGUAUGGGGGAUGAACCCCCAACGCCCAUUCGGGUGGCCACAAGUACUUUUGGGUGCAGCUUUGCCCGUGGUGCACCUGAAAUCUGGUCACAGUGAUGAAGUGCAAUUGUGGCCCAAGGUUAGAAGCAGUUUAGAUGCUCUGGGAUGCUGAUUCGGACUAUGUAGUAGUCAGACUCUGAAUUCCAAAGUUACUUCUCAUAAGUACCCAAUGGCAUUUCUCCAUCUAAAAAGUUGCAGUAUUAUGCAAAUGAAAGUGACCUCAUUUUCUGCUAUGCAAUAAGAAUACUUAAUUCUAUUUCAUGACAUACCAGUUGCAACAUCUCCUAAGAUGCUUUUUGAGCUGUCUUACUUUGAUAUUUGUUGUGUAAUAUUUGUAUAUUCCUGAGCCAGAUCCUUUCAAAGAUUGCCUUUUUAUAUACCUGAAGCUGCAGCUUUCAGGCUAAAUUUUUAAUGUAGAUAUUUUUAUAAGAUAAUUUUUCAGGAUAUUUGAAUUGCUUUUUAUCGUCCAUGAUAAUGAAAUAUUAUGUUCUGUACUAUAUGUAAUUCACUCUUAAAUGUAGUCCAUGCCUGUAGCUGUCUUUCCUGUGUUUCUCAUGCUCCCCAAACUGAUUUUUCAGUAGCUCUGGGUAGAAAAUACAAUUACUGGUAUUUCUUGAAACCCUUAGGGACUAACGUUAAGCCAGACUCGGUACAUACCCAUCUGCGUCUGCUCUUUCGGAGCCCACUCUCUGCAGUGGUGAGCCUGGUCGGCCCAUCUCUGGCGACUCCCUGCCUGGUGCUGAGCCGGGCCCACUGUGGCGUGCAGAAGCCCCAGAAAAAGGCCUGCCCUCCAGCACAUGCUCCCAGAAGCGUCCGAGGUCUAGUAGACCAGCCCUCACUCCCUUCUGUCUCCUUAUUCUUCUGAAGCUUCCAACAGCGUAAGGCCUUUGCUGCCUGCCAGCUGAUGGCCCUCUUGGAAGCCUUUUGCCUGUGAACUUUGAAAGAGGGUCACUCUCAUGAGCCCCAUUAAGAAUGUGGCGAAUAUGUGCUUCACAGAUACUCGCACUACACUUACAAAAUUCCUUGUUUUUUGAGCUGUGUCUACACUCCAGACUCUCUUUUGUGUACUUAUCUGCCAUUAGCUUCAUUAAAAGAGCUUUAUUUGUAUUAUUAUUGGGACAGGUGCCAUGUGAAUUGCCUCCAUGCUCCCCAUUUGCACCUUGUUGGGUCAAACUGGGAGGUUGAACAAACUCAUUCCAGCCUGCUGGAGUUUUUAAGUGUUUGCCUGGAGAAGCAAGGAGGUUGGAAUGUAUUUUUUAAGUGCACUAUUCAGAGUCCUGCGCCCCUCACAUUAAGCUGUGCUGUGUAUCUACUGACCCAGCAGGAGAGCUGGCAGCACUUGCGACAUCUGGGAAUGGAAGAGGCUUCUUCUGUUGGUGGAUGAUCACAGCCUCGGAGCCCCGUGCAGCCUCUGUCCUGGGGCUCGGUGACGUGUGGAUCAGCCACGGUGGAAAUGCACGGGGCUGUGGCGUUAGGAGAAACAACUCGCUCUAGUGCUAUGUUCUUGCCUUUGGUUUUGAAAUUUUGAGUUAUUUUCCCCAUUUCAGUGGCAAUAAAGGACCCUUGUUGGACUUCUUGUUUAAUUUGUAUAUGUCGUGUAAAAUGCUUUCUUUGAAAGAAAACUCAAGACACUGAAUGCGUGUGUCUGAGUGGGUGUUCCUGGGCAGGCGGACUCAGCCACUGACCCCUGCAGCACAGUACCUGGGUGGCGUCCUUGAUCUGGUGUUUUCUGCGUGGACAUUAGGGCCUUCAUGUCUUGUAAAAGAACACUUGUCACAUGCUCAGUCAGUGACAGUGCUAGCUGAAUCAACAGUUCCUCAAUGUGUUAUUUUAACAGGAGUCACGUUCUCAUUUCCCAUACUUUGUUACUUUAAUUUUAAUAAAUGUUGA